UUGUCAUUUCAUUUGAUGAUUUGAUUCGUGAACGUGAAGUCGAAGUGAAUUACUAAAAUAAAAGUAAAAGUACUUUUGCUUUGGACAUGAGCUUUUGUGCAUAAUGUAUCUUUUCAAUUUACUGAAUUAGUUUCAGAUUUUAAAGGGCUGAAUUACAAACAUUAUUUCUGUGAUAAGCGCAAGUGUUAUGUGACUGGAAUAAUUGAUUCACAGAUCGUGUUAACACAAUAGUGACAAUACGUUAGAUAAAAAUCGCUGUGCUGAAUAGUAUUAGCAAGAUGUGUGGAGGUUUUACUUGCUCUAAAAACGCUUUAAUUGCGUUAAACAUUCUAUAUGUUGUGGUUGCGUCAAUCCUCAUCUCAGUGGCAGUGUAUGGGCAGGCGUCUGCCUUGGUCACAAACUUGCCCAUAGUUGGAGGCAUCCUAGCAUGUGGAGUAUUUCUAAUUCUCAUAUCUUUACUGGGACUUGCUGGAGCCGUGAAACACCACCAAGUUAUGCUUUUCUUUUACAUGGUGAUUCUGUUCCUGCUAUUCCUGGUACAGUUUUCUGUGGCAUGUGCUUGUCUGGCUGUGAAUUCUGAUCAACAGCAAAUGAUGGCGCAAGAGGGCUGGCACACUGUUAAUAUGGAUGUGAAGGAAGAAGUACAGAAGAGAUACAAAUGCUGUGGCUUCCAGAGUAGAGCUGUGCCCCUCAAUGGAACGGCAGACUUUCCCUCGUGCACUGACAUUGAUAGAAUUUGUUGCGCCAAUAUGGAGAUAACAUCAGCUUGUUGGUGCCAACCCUGUGUGGAGAAUCUUAAGGAGACCAUUGACAACGCUUUCAAACUAUGCGGCGGUAUUGGACUUUUCUUCAGUUUUACUGAGUUUCUGGGUGUGUGGUUGACAGUAAGAUAUCGUAACCAAAAGGAUCCGCGCGCUAACCCCAGUGCAUUUCUGUGAAUGCUCUAAGGAUUGAAUGGUUUAAGCUUUUCGCAGUAUGGCUCGCCCGACGUUACCGCAACCAACCGGACCCAAAUUACAAGGAACCCCAUGCUAUAUUUCCCAGAAAAAAUUAUCUAUAUUAAAUCAAUUUUCUUUAGGUAUCUUCUUAGUCUCAAAUAAU